AUGGGCCAGCAACCGCUGCUGGAUCCGGCCGCCGGAGUUGGCAUUGCUGGGGUUCCUCAGCAGGUAGGAGCACCUGGAGCAGGGCCUACGGGCUCAUUGGGUCAUGGAUACGAUACACGACAGUCUGUUUCGGAACCCAAUCUGGUUCAAACGACACAGCAACAACAACAACAACCACAACAACACACUCACAUUCAGAGUAGUCAGCGAAAAGAGGCGUAUGAUAAUGCCGUCAAGCAGAUAAUCGCCGAGGAAAACGAGGAACGAUCGAAAAUCCACCGGUACCCGGGUCUAGAACGGUUCGAUCUGAUUGAAAAAAUGGGCGACGGUGCUUUCUCGAUCGUAUACAAAGCAUACGACCGCACUAACAAGACCUAUGUGGCCGUCAAGAUCAUUCACAAACAGGAACUGAGUACUAAUCAGGUAUGUUUUUUAACCAGAGCCAGCCUGCUGACCAAGCACUGGCCACCGGUAGCUGCUCGUGAUUGUCUAAAUCAGCGAACGGGUCCGGUGGCCAGAGCCUGUGCCGCCUCCUCUCCCGGGAUUCCGAGUUCAGUUGCUGAUACCGUUUUAGAAAGACCGCCAUUUGGGCCACGCUGCCAAAAGAGCAGACAUUUCUACUCAGGUGAGGCAUGGGCUGGAGGGGGUGUGCCUCCGGCGGCUGGGGCUCCGCCCCAGACCCUGGUUGCUCCUCUCGCUUCUCUCGAGUCGGGCGUCGGGUGGCCAGCAAACGGGGGCUGGGACACCUGGCCAUCCCCCGCGAAAACGACUCGAGCGAAGCGAGAGGAGCAACCAGGGUCUGGGGCGGAGCCCCAGCCGCCGGAGGCAGAUCCACCGCUACGAGUGAGCCAGAACUAA